GAAGAGAAUUCCUGACUAUGAUUGGUGCGUUCUAUCGAAGCAACAAAAAAGACGUCAACUCAACUCGACCGUGUUUAUGUUUUCCUCCUGCUUGACGCACUAAGCCGCUGGUAAAGGACUAUGUUUACCAAGGCCGACAGUGCUAAAAAGACUGCUUUUCUAGAACAAGCCAAGGCAGCCAGGGAAGAGAGGGCACAAGAGAAACAGAGAGAGGAGGCAGCUGUAAAAAUACAGGCAACAGCAAGAGGCUUUAUUUCAAGAAGAAGACUCAGAAAUGAGAUAUGGCGAGAAGUGGAUGUCCUCCUAGAGAUUCCCACUUCUGCUGAAGAGGAAUACAAACCAUCCUUGAAACCAGCUUUGGUGACCUUUGCAGUUGUGAAGAGAUUUCUGUUUUUGUUGAAUGAAGACAAAGAUGCAGAGAAAUUCCAGUACUUGUGCAAGUACAUCCUGUUUACCAUGUCUUCAGACCAGGUUAAGUUCUCCUAUGUGUCUGUUGCACUCUCUAAGAGACAUGUGGUAGCAUGGAUCCAGCAGUUGAAAGAAGUGUUGUGGCACUGUUGUAGAUAUCUCAAAGUGCUUAAGCCUGAGUCUGUGUCUGGUAUCAAAGCAAUCACAGUAUACCUUCACAUGUUACUCACAUUCACCAGUACUACAACCUGGAAGAUUUUACAAGGGAAAGCAGGGGAGGCGUUAAAACCAGGUAUGUCUCAGCUGUGCAACAAUGUGAUGGGACAUCUUAACUCUAGAGGAUUGUAUCCUGUCUUUCAGAGUUUGCUGAUCAAAGGUCUAGCCAGAUCAAAGCCCAGUUUUACCAAAGGCACACUUUCAGCAGUGAUAACAGUGGCUGUGAGGCCACUUAUUGCUGCCAACUUCUCAGACAGUUUGUUAACAGUAUUCCUCUUGCAUAUCCUAUCUGUCCCCGCUGUAGUGUACCAUACUUCACAUCUGGCUCAAGAGUGUCUUUCAGUGUUGGUAACACACAGGAUGUUCAAGAGAAGCUUGGACCUACUCUGCAAUGAGCAGAGCACGAGGAUAAUCUUUAAUUCAUUGGAAGGAAAUUAUGCCUUGUGUUUGCUGGCCAACCUCAUUCAACUGGCAGAUGCAGAAAUUGAGGGACUGGUGGAAAGUACACCAAAUUUCUUGAAUGUGGUUAACAAGUUAUUGGAGUGCUGUGAGCGUUAUGUUCAGAGUAAGAAGUCCAACCUAACACACUGGCACCCUGUGCUGGGCUGGUUUUCACAGAAGACAGACCAGAGUCUUCAUGAAGCCAUGCCAUAUGUAACCAAACAGCUCCAGCUGCUGUGGAGCCCCAAGAUAGUGAAGAUCCUUUUAUCUGACCUGCUGGCCCACAACCAGUGCAAGGCCAGGGAGGAACAGCAGACAGCAGCAAGACAGCAGGCAAAGAGCACAAAUAUCAUUAAGAAAGCUUUGGAGAAAGCAUCCACAAAGAGUAGCAGUGUGCGUAUAAAGCUGAAUAGUCCAGUGGCUUUGUCAACUUGUGCUGCCUGUGGAAUGUACCAGACAGCUCUCAGGACUCUCACACAGCUGAGACUAGAUAUACUGGCAGGACUGAGCUACCAAGAUCUGUUCCUUCCAAACCUUUGGUCUUUCUUCUGUGAUUUUGGUCCCAACUGUGGCCUGAAUGCCUUCAUUGAGCUGUUGACUUCAUCUCCAAACAACACACACCAUCCAGUGUUCCAGAUGCUGACUCUUUUCUGUGAUGCUGCUAGUCAUCUUAUUGUAAUACUUGAUGAUGUGGAACUGUAUGAGCAGCAAAAACCUUUCAAAUUAGAAAAUGUAGUUGCCAUGACAUCAUUUCUUAACCAAUUCAUCUUCAAGCUUGUGUGGAACAAUCUUAUUGAUGUGACAACUGCUGCUAGCAACCCCUUAUUUUCCUCUCCACACACUCUCCUCAUGUUACUGUAUGAGAGAGACUGCAGGAGACCCUUCACCCCAGAUAAACACUGGCUAAUAAGGGACAUCAAGCCAAGUACAUUCCUUCAGGAACUUGACCGAGGCAGAAAGACUGCACAGUUUUUGUUGCAGAAAACGCCACAUAUCAUACCACAUAAGGAGAGAGUUAUAUUAUUUAGAAAAAAUGUACAAAAAGAAAAAGAAGUGUUGGGCCUUACAGAGUCUGUGUGUGCAUCCCCCACUUCUACUCUAGUCACUGUGCAUAGGGCAAGGAUCAUUGAGGAUGGUUACAGACAGCUGUCUCUGGUGCCACCAGGUGCUUUGAAGGGAAUCAUCAGAGUGAGGUUCAUAAAUGCACAGGGUUUGGACGAAGCUGGCAUAGAUCAAGAUGGAGUGUUCAAGGAAUUCCUGGAGGAGACAAUAUCAAGAGUGUUUGAUCCUGCACUUAAUUUGUUCAAGGUGACAAGUGAUCAGAAGUUGUACCCUUCUCCUACUUCAGCAAUACAGGACAAUCAUUUGACACUGUUUGAGUUUGUGGGAAGGAUGCUUGGGAAAGCUGUAUAUGAGGGUAUUGUGGUGGAUGUGCCCUUUGCACCAUUUUUCCUGACUCAGAUCUUGGGCAGAACCUACAGCAGUACAUACAGCUUUAUGGAUGAGCUGCCAUCUUUAGAUCCAGAGCUCUAUAAGAACCUCACCUAUAUUAAGCAUUAUGAAGGUGAUGUUUGUGACAUCGAAUUGACAUUUUCCUCUAGUGAAGACUAUCUAGGCCAGCUAGUCACACAUGAGCUGGUUCCUGGAGGGAAAGCCAUAUCUGUGACAAAUGAGAACAAGAUCAGCUAUGUUCACCACAUGGCUCAUUUCCGCAUGCAUGUGCNCCAGAUCAAGGAACAGACAGCAGCCUUUAUCCGUGGCUUCAAGUCUAUAGUGAACCCAGACUGGCUGCUCAUGUUCUCAGCACCUGAACUGCAGAAACUUAUAUCUGGGGACAACACAGAUAUGGACAUUGAAGACCUAAAAGCCCACACUCAGUACUAUGGUGGUUUUCAUAGUAGUCAUAAGGUGGUGAACUGGCUGUGGGACAUCCUAGUGAAAGAUUUCACCAGAGAAGAAAGAAGUCUGUUUCUUAAGUUUGUGACCAGUUGCUCCAAGCCCCCAUUGCUAGGUUUUGCCCACCUGGAGCCCCCAUUUUCAAUACGAUGUGUGGAAGUCAGUGAUGACCAGGAUACUGGAGACACAGUGGGCAGCGUUUUGAAAGGCUUCUUCAAUAUUCGCAAGAAAGAUCCUGUUGGGAGACUGCCGACUUCAUCCACAUGUUUUAACCUUCUCAAGUUGCCAAACUAUCAAAAGAAAAGUACGCUAAGGGAAAAACUGAGAUAUGCCAUCACAAGCAAUACUGGCUUUGAACUGUCGUGACACAAGCUGGAAAUUUUCCUAGGGUUGAUUAUUGGAUUCCUGAAGGCAGGAAUAAUUAACGUUUUUCAGAGCUCAUUGAAGGAAGUGUUUUAUAGAAAGCAUGGCUUUAUCAGGUCACAAUAUGUACAUAUGUAUUAUAUAAUUAAAAAUAACUCACACCAAAUGAUUAAGUACGAUUAAGAUACUCUGUUCAAAACUAUCAUUCCUGAAGUACCUCUUCAUUUGGCAUUAAGCAGGCAAGGUCAACUAAGAGAUGAAAAAAACAAUUUUCCUUGAAAAAAAUGUUAUUAAAAAGCUUGACUCAGAAUAGACUAAGAUUGCAUUCACGAGUUGAGCCAUGGCUUUACAAAUCCUGGAACUAAAUAUGGCAGAUGCACAUGAAAGAAAAACCGCCUACUC